AUGGAUGACCCAUACUUCGACUCUUUGGAGAUAUUCUCGCCCGAUAGUGUUUAUUAUACCCCUGAGCUAUUCCCGUUCACCCCGCAGAUCCAGCAAUUUUUUCCCAGCCAAUACCCCCAAACGGUCCUUCAGAGUCCCGGCGGCUCUGUUGGCUUUGUUUCCCAGUACGAGCGUGAUGAUUCCAACGAUUGGGAAUAUGCGGCUUCUGGGACAUUCUCACCCAACAUGACUGUCCUUUCUGCUACUACAGACGAGACUUAUUACGACCAGAGAGAUACUGACCAGAGUACCAAACCAGCACGCAAUGGCGAUUCCUAUAUUCUUGAGCGCAAGGUCUCUUCUAACCGUGUUUCUAGGAAGAUGGAGAUUGCUGAUUUAAAGAACUCUGUUAUUGGGGUCGAUGCCACCGCCUACCUACAACAAAUGAUCAUCGGGUCUGCCAACGAACCACUCCUUGCCGCCCUCGGUGGAGAUCCUUUGACCUUGAAGCAACAAAUUGGUGAGGAAUUAGAUCGGUGGAAGAGCAAUAAUAUGACACCCGUUUUUGUGUUCGAUGGUCAAUCAAACGUUGGAAAGAACGAAGUCGCAUUGCGCAAGGCGAAGCAAGGACUUGACCAGACAUCAAGGGCGUGGAAAUAUUAUGGCGACACUCACCCUGAGAUUGCUGUUCAAACAUUCGGGGCUUCUGGGGCGAUACGAGCUCAAGAGCUGUACAAGAUACUCCAGGAUGUACUCCUUGAGCGGAAUCUAGACUUCAAGAUCGCUCCAUUCAGUGCUUGCGCUCAGCUUGCAUACCUACUCUCCCUUGAGACUCACUACAUCGACGCUAUUAUGGGCUCGCAAGAGCUGCUGCUCUAUGAUAUCCAUGAUGCGGUUAUAUUUCCACCUUCAGGCGAUGACUGGGAUGACAAACUCAUCUAUGGGGUUCUGAAAUCCGACAUUUUGGAACACUUGAAAGUCACACCUGAGAUGCUUGCAGACGCUUUGCUGAUGGUCGGAACAUCAUUUUUGCCCCCAUUUCCACCGCUCAAAGACGUUUCAAUUAUUACUAAACAACCUGCAUCAAUCAAAGAUGCGGCCAAUCUUCUAAGAACAAGUGAAAAGUCCGUCUCAAGCACUUGUAAUGCUUUCAGCGAUAUUCUGCAGCAAGAAGAUCCCAAAUGGCUCGACAAGUAUCGCAAAGCAAAGAUGCUUGUGAAGCAUUGUUGCAUCGUACACGAGGAUGGCAAACUCGAAGUGAAGCAUUCAGAUGUUCUCACCGGCGACAAUCAGGAAUACCUCGGUUUGCGACUGCCGGCCGAAUUGUACUAUUACCUCUCACAAGCUUUGAUUGGACACAGACUUCUGGACCAAUUCUUGUUUUUCGAGACCCUAGUGUUCCCAACUCUCGAUGGCGUUUCAUCUGAUGAGUAUCGAAGACUGGUUACCAGGUCAUUGGUGCCUUUGAAAGAGAUCACAGCUGCCUUGAUCGUGCCUCGACUUCAUCGAGUCUUCCAACACAAGACUAUCACGCUAAAGUAUUGGUUCGACGAUAGCGCCCAACAAACUCUUAAUCCUCGCAGUAUGAUUCCUAUUACAACCGAUAAGGCGGAUACCUGGGGAGUCAAGGACCCCGAUUUGAAGCCGCAAGAAACCGCCCUUGGAUUGAAAGCUGGCCAACUUUCAUUCGCAGUUCUUUCCCUGCAGCAAAAAGAGUUUGCUGUCAAGUCUAUUCUCAAAGACAAAGGCAGGAACAGUCUCAAAUCUAAACCAGAAGUUCUGUCCAGCGCCUUAUGGCGACUCCUCCAUCUUAGGGGCUAUGUUAAUGACAAGCACGAACUGACUAAUUGGGGAAAAGCUCUUGCAACGACCCUCAAGGCUCUUGGUCCCACCAUCAAGAAGUACGAUGAUGUUCACCACGUCGAGGAAGCAGCUUUUCUUGCGUUUGAGCUCCUACAAUUCGACAACCUUAACUCUCGCCACCGCCGCCCCGAUUUGAUUGGUGGGCCAUUGCGAGGUACAGAUGAGGACAAAGAGAAGUGUAUUCUUAUCGGUCGAACUUCUUGCCUUCUCAAACUUCGACAUAAGAGUAUUGGCUACACUGGCCCUCUGAGCUUAAACCUCCUUGCCUACCAUUCAAUUAUCAAAGCCAUUCGUGAGGCCGACAGAGAUUUAGUAGAGGCGGUGAUCGCAUCCAUGUUCCUCAGCGGGCAGGCUUCCCGAACACCGGAUCGUAAGGAUUGGGCCGAGCUAGGUCAAAGUCUACCAUUCUCAGCCGAUGUUGACAUCGCCCUUGGCAUUGCCGUCAAAACCUACCUCGACGAUUUCGUGAAGCUCGACAUUCCAGCCGAGAAGCGAGAGCAAAACAAGCAAGAAUAUAAGGAGAAGUACCUCCCUAACAGUGUGAACUUUGUGGAGGAUCUUGAUGUCGCAUUCAAAUUCUUCGAUGCAGUUUACGAGGGCGUGAAAACGCUUGGAGACGAAAUUGGUGAGGCCGAUAAGCAGGCUUGGGAUGGUGCGAAGGCGUAUCUUGCGGAGAGACGAUAG